AUGCAAAACAUGUUGAAAGGAGUCUUUUCAGCCAUCCUAAAACCAAAAGCGAAUGAAGAAUCCCAGGGGGAGCUCCUUCGGCAGCUGAAGAUGAGUCAGUAUGUCCGGCAUGGACAACCGUGUCCUGACUCUAUUAAGUGGCUUCCCAAGUCUCCUAAAUGGUACAGUGGCCAUAACUGGAGCUCCCAGGGCUCUCGCUGGGCCUCGCUGAAGGGAAAGGAAGGUUUUCACGGUGGUAGCCUGUACAAAUUCAGCUCUUCUAAUGGAAAAUGGAGGGAAGGAAGGAUCAGUCCUGAGCAAGAAGCGGAGGAACUGGAGGAUCCUGAUGAGGAUGAACCUAUUUCCAAGUUUUCCGGCAGCCUUUUUGAUACCAGCAGCAGCAUAAGAGAUCAAAGAAGUACCAGAACAGCUCUUCAAGAAAAGCACAAGUCGGCAGUGAAAGGGAAGACUCUUCCAGGGACGAGCACUAAGGUGCAGCCACCGGUCUCGGCAGCGGGCAGCUUCCCUGGCGAGAGCGUCCAGUUCCUGGAGGAAUCGAGAGCGGCGGAGGCACCGCAGCCCCCGCUGAAGGGGAUUGUGUUUGCACGGCUGCCGAAAGAUGGUCCAGCAGACUUGGCCGGGGUACAAGCAGGAGACAGAGUGGCAGAGGUAGAUGGGUUGUUUGUCGAUGUAGAGCAUGUUGUCUUGUUGGUCAUUUUUCAAGAAUCUGAAACCAAACCAUUGACCUUCACAUUCGUGCCAUCCAUUGGAAGACUUCCAACUCAUUUUGAGGUUGUAGAUGUCUCUAAGUUCCUUGUCACAAUUCCAGAUGAGCCAAAGGAUCUGAGCAAUCAAGAAACUACAAAUAAGCCUGACGCAGUCUCUGAUGAGCUGGCCUUAAAGAGCGGGGCCAGACAAGGCUGUGAGUCCGCCGUCCAUACAGACAACACCCAAGCAGCUUUCCGGUCCCUGGGGUGUAACUCAAGCAACGCAGAAAUGCAGGAGAAUGACCUUUUUAAGGCUGAGUUUAUCCUGAUUACGGACUCCGGUGAUGAAGAUGAAGUAGCCGCUGCCUCGAACAAUGUUCAUCGGCCUUCCAAUGGCUACGGUCCCAUCAGCGCUCAGCUGCUGGCCACCUCCCACGUUUCCCCUGGCACCGGGGCAGGGGAACCUCCUGGCGAUGGGCACGUUCCAGGUGCUGUGCUUUCCCACAGCACUGCUGAUCCGCAAAAGCAUCAGGCAUUGGAAGAGCCAGCCAAGACUGCUAGUGUGACUGAAGGCACUGCUUUGGACACUCAUUCAGAGAUGUGCUCCCCUGCCCAGCUCAGACAACAAACAGAAGAGCUGUGUGCUGUCAUUGAUCAAGUCCUGCAGGACCCGUUGACUAUGCGCCGAUGCGAAUCUUCUCCAAGUUUCCUGCAUAUGAGCACGGAGUCGGAUGUUGGCAAGGUGUCAACAACACUGCAGAGAGCAGCUGGGCGUGAAACAAGAUAUGCCAGCCUUUACAAAUCGGCACCUAUGAUGACAGAGAGUCAGUUGCCCAGUCAUCCCAUAGUGCCUAUUCCAGAAAAUGAGACACUCAACUCUAAGGAGGUUACCAAUGAAUGAUGUUCUGUUUUGCUAGGAUG